UUUAGCUAAGCAUCCUUGAAAUAUGUCGGAAAAGCCUGUUACGGGAUAUACCACAAUGCAAGAGGAAUCUGGAGCGGGAGGCCCCCCACCCUAUGGCAUGCAGCCAGGGUACCCUCUGGCUCAGCCAGGAUAUCCUCAGCCAGUGAUGACUCAGCCAGUGGUCCAGCAGCAAACAAACACCACUGUUGUUGUGACUCAACCCGCUCCAGUUGUGCUACAACAAGGAAUGCGUGACUGGAGCACUAGUCUGUGCGGAUGCUUUGAAGACUGUUAUUCAUGUUGCAUGGGAACCUUCUGUGGGCAUUGUUUGCUGUGUGACAUCUCUUCAAGAAUGGGUGAGGGUUGUUGCUUUGCCACAUGUUGUCCUGGAGCUCUGGUUGCACUGAGGAUCAAACUCAGGGUGCAGGAAAACAUUCAGGUAGGUUUACCGACUUCAUAUGCAAAGGUUACGAGUCACUGACUGGAAAUAUCGAGA